UAAAAAGGCGCGAGUUUCGUGUUAACUGAUUCUAGGGUUUCCUCAUGUCAACAGCUUCUAAAAAUGGAAGUAAACUCAAUCAUCUUCUUCACCAAUCCCAAUGCUCACUAUCUCAAUUCAGCUGGACCAAUACAUACACACAUAUACAUACACAUGUGUAUGUAUAUAUCAGCACAUACAUAUUGGCGCGAUAAAGUCGCUACUCUUCUCAAUAUCUUCAAAACACCUCAAAUGAUGCUAUACAUGAUGCGCCAUCACCUCCACACUUGCCACAGAUUUCAUAUAUACCUGGUGUUCAUGGUAAUCCUAUGCCUUGGAAUGUUAUCCCACCACAAAUUCGAUUGAGCAACAGUAUAAAUCCUUCACCUAGUACUGAGGUCCAGGACAAUCCUUUAUUACCUUUGUGUGGUGGAGAUUUUACGAUUCAGGAACUAUCCUUAGCAACCAGAGGUUUCUCACAAGCAAAUCUUCUCGGGAAAAGUGAAUUUGGAUCUGUUCACAAAGGUGUUCUUCCGAGUGGGAGAAGGAUUGCAGUUAAGUGGCUUAAGAUGGAUAAUAGGCAGGGCAUGAAAGAAGUUUUUCAACAGGAGGCGGAGAUCAUUGGUCGAGUACAUCACAGACAUCUUGUUUCAUUGGUUGGCUACUGCAUCUCAAGGGCUGAAAGAUUGCUUGUUUGUGAAUUUGUUCCAAACAACAAUUUGGAAUUCCAUUUACAUGGUAAAGAUCAGCCUGUUCUGAACUGGGCAACUAGAAUGAAAAUUGCUAUUGGGUCUGCAAAGGGACUCGCAUAUCUUCAUGAAGAUUGCCAACCUUCUAUUUUUCAUCUUAACAUGAAGGCUUCAAAUAUUCUUCUAGACUCCGACUUUGAGGUGAAGAUUGCUGACUUUGGGCUUGCCAAAUCCUUACAUCGUACUAAAGAUGAUGACGAUGAUGACGACGAAGACGAAGAUGACGAUGAUAUGCCUAAUAUUAAUGGUGACGUUGAAAAUUUCGGAUACCUUGCUCCAGAGUAUGCAAGGAGGAGGAGAGCAUCCGAUAAAGCAGAUGCAUUCUCUUAUGGAGUUGUUCUUCUGGAGCUUAUUACUGGACGCAACCCGCUCAAUAAAAUAGAUUCUUCGACAAAUGGUUUCUUAAUUUCAUGGGCAAGGCCUCUGCUUACUAAAGCUCUAGAGACUAAAGAUUUCCAGGGUCUUGCUGACCCUCGACUACAGAAGGAUUAUAAUAGUGAAGAGAUGGCUUCUAUGGUUGCAUGUGCUGCUGCAUGCAUCCGUAACCCUGAUUGGCGUAGACCGCAAAUGAGUCAGAUAAUUCUCGUCUUGGAGGGAGAUGUCCCUUGGUCAGAUCUGCCCGCGGGAACACCGCCUCUGCAUAGCUCGUCUUGUGGUGUUCAUGCAAGUCGAUCUCGGUUUUUUAACCGACGCCGCUGAUUCUGGGAAUAUGCAUUACCACUGACAUCGAGUGUGGCACCAGCAUGAUGCUCAACCAGACAACAUAUUGUAUGUAGUCUUUUUUCUGAUCUUGCACUUCUCUACAUAAUUACAUGAAUGCUAGCUGGGAACCUCACAGAAUGCAGUGACUUUUACCUAACAGUCCCAUACGCCGUUAUACAAGUAUUAGUAUUUACCUCUAUGGUAACAGCAGCAAACAACUUUAAAGCUGGUGACAAUGUAACACAGUUACUCAGUUUGUUAUAUGUACUCCAGAUUAUUAUGAAUAUGCAAAUCAAAUCAUUCUACCUCAAGGACGCCUAGAGGUGAUUGCUACUUACCUUGUUUUAUUACAUCUUACGUGUUACUUGUAUAUUUUGAGGAAUGUGAUGUUAUCUGUGCAUACUAUCUAACCCCUCUCGAGUAGCCCUACCGGAAAACCUACAUCUGUAAUCCUGUAGUUCCUUGCAUACUGGUGGUCUGGCAGGUUAAGUAGACACAUGUUCACAUGCACUUAUUUGAUAUAUAGUACCACCUGUACCGAGUUUUUCGCGUCACAUAGCAGGCAUUGUUGUAAUAGUAAUCGACGCCUAUAGUCAUUUUAGCGUCAAUUGGUUUGGACCGUUGCCUAUUUGAACCUGUAACACCAGAAAUGAAUGCAGUAACAGUUGAACAAAAUCCCAUGAAAUCCAGAUUUACCAAAA